AUGCAUGGAUACUGUCUGGGUGCUGCCAUUGACAUUGCGACUGCUUGUGACGUUCGAGUUGCCACGAAAGACGCCGUACUCUCUGUGAAAGAGGUUGAUAUCGGAAUGGCAGCCGAUGUUGGAACAUUGAACCGACUACCCAAAGUGGUAGGCAAUCACAGUUGGAUCAAGGAUGUUUGUAUGACUGCCCGCCAUUUCUCAGCAGGAGAAGCACUUCAAUUCGGUCUUCUCAGUCGUGUCUUUGACACCCGCGAAGAAAUGAUAAAUGAUGUGACGAAGAUGGCAAAACUGAUUGCUUCGAAAAGUCCGGUUGGAGUACAGGGGACGAAGAAUGUUUUAAAUUACGCAAGAGAUCAUUCGAUUGAGAACAGUUUGAAUUAUGUGGCCACGUGGAACAUGUCGCAACUGUUCACUGAUGACCUCAUCAAAGCGAGUAUGGCAUCCUUCUCCAAAAAACCACAGCCUCCAUUUUCAAAGUUGUAA